AUGCAGCAGGCCUCCUUGAUUUAUGACGUUUUGGCUCAAAUGAGCGCUUUUGCCCCAAGCGGGGCCCCUGGUGCAGCAGCGCCUCUUCACUGCCUCCCCUCCUUCCUCCAGGCCCCGACCAAGAAUGACAGGAGCACAGAGGGCAAGGCUCACAGGGAGCACCGCGAGAAGCUGGAGCUGGUGGCUUCCUUCUCCUUCUUCGGCAACGUCAUGUCCAUGGCCAGCGUGCAGCUGGCAGGCGCCAAGCGGGAUGCCCUGCUGCUGAGCUUCAAAGAUGCCAAGCUGUCUGUGGUGGAGUACGACCCGGGCACCCACGACCUGAAGACACUGUCUCUGCACUACUUUGAGGAGCCGGAGCUGCGGGACGGGUUCGUGCAGAACGUGCACACGCCGCGGGUGCGUGUGGACCCUGACGGACGUUGCGCGGCCAUGCUCAUCUACGGCACGCGGCUGGUCGUGCUGCCCUUCCGCAGGGAGAGCCUGGCCGAGGAGCACGAGGGGCUCAUGGGCGAGGGGCAGAGGUCCAGCUUCCUGCCCAGCUACAUCAUUGACGUCCGGGCACUGGACGAGAAGCUGCUCAACAUCGUCGACCUGCAGUUCCUGCACGGCUACUACGAGCCCACCCUGCUCAUCUUGUUUGAGCCCAACCAGACGUGGCCCGGGCGGGUGGCCGUGCGGCAGGACACGUGCUCCAUCGUGGCCAUUUCACUGAACAUCACCCAGAAGGUCCACCCCGUCAUCUGGUCCCUCACCAGCCUGCCCUUCGACUGCACCCAGGCCCUGGCGGUGCCCAAGCCCAUAGGUGGGGUAGUGGUCUUUGCAGUCAACUCGCUGCUAUACCUGAACCAGAGUGUCCCCCCAUACGGCGUGGCCCUCAACAGCCUUACCUCAGGCACCACUGCCUUCCCUCUGCGCACCCAGGAGGGCGUGCGGAUCACUCUUGACUGUGCCCAGGCGGCCUUCAUCUCCUACGACAAGAUGGUCAUCUCCCUCAAGGGCGGAGAGAUCUACGUGCUAACCCUCAUCACCGAUGGGAUGCGCAGUGUCCGUGCCUUCCACUUCGACAAGGCCGCCGCCAGCGUGCUCACCAGCAGCAUGGUCACCAUGGAGCCUGGGUACCUGUUCCUUGGCUCUCGCCUGGGCAACUCCCUCCUUCUCAAGUACACGGAGAAGCUGCAGGAGGCCCCGGCCAGUGCUGUCCGGGAGGCUGCUGACAAGGAAGAGCCUUUGUCAAAGAAGAAGCGAGUCGACUCCACAGUGGGCUGGUCAGGUGGCCAGUCCGGGCCGCAGGACGAGGUGGAUGAGAUCGAGGUGUACGGCAGCGAGGCCCAGUCGGGCACACAACUGGCCACUUACUCCUUUGAGGUGUGUGACAGCAUCCUCAACAUUGGACCCUGUGCCAAUGCGGCCAUGGGCGAGCCCGCCUUCCUGUCUGAAGAGUUUCAGAACAGCCCCGAGCCGGACCUGGAGAUCGUGAUGUGCUCUGGCUACGGCAAGAACGGGGCCCUGUCUGUGCUGCAGAAGAGCAUCCGGCCCCAGGUGGUGACGACCUUUGAACUUCCUGGCUGCUAUGACAUGUGGACAGUGGUUGCCCCUGGGCGCAAGGAGCAGGAGGAGACCCCUCAGGGCGAGGGCGCGGAGCAGGAGCCCAGCACCCCUGACACAGAGGACGACGGGCGCAGACACGGGUUCCUGAUUCUGAGCCGGGAGGACUCCACCAUGAUCCUGCAGACUGGGCAGGAGAUCAUGGAGCUGGACACCAGUGGCUUUGCCACACAGGGUCCCACAGUCUUUGCCGGCAACAUCGGGGACAAUCGCUACAUCGUGCAAGUGUCACCGCUCGGCAUCCGCCUGCUGGAAGGAGUGAACCAACUGCACUUCAUCCCUGUGGACCUGGGCUCCCCCAUCGUGCAGUGCGCCGUGGCUGACCCCUACGUGGUCAUCAUGAGCUCCGAGGGCCACGUCACCAUGUUCCUGCUCAAGAGCGACUCCUACGGGGGCCGCCACCACCGCCUGGCUCUGCACAAGCCGCCGUUGCACCAUCAGUCCAAGGUGAUCGCCAUGUGUGUAUACCGCGACGUCAGUGGCAUGUUCACCACCGAGAGCCGCCUGGGCGGGGCCCGCGAUGAGCUUGGGGGACGCAGCGGCUCUGAGGCGGAGGGCCCAGGCUCAGAGACCAGCCCCACAGUGGAUGACGAGGAGGAGAUGCUGUACGGGGACUCGGGCUCCCUCUUCAGCCCCAGCAAGGAAGAGGCGCGCAGGAGCAGCCAGCCUCCCACCGACCGGGACCCCACCCCCUUCCGGGCUGAGCCCACACACUGGUGCCUGCUGGUGCGGGAGAACGGAACCUUGGAGAUCUACCAGCUCCCUGACUGGCGGCUGGUGUUCCUGGUGAAGAACUUCCCGGUGGGGCAGCGGGUGCUGGUGGACAGCUCGUUCGGCCAGCCCACCACGCAGGGCGAGGCCCGGAAGGAGGAGGCUACGCGCCAGGGGGAGCUGCCUCUCGUCAAGGAGGUGCUGCUGGUGGCGCUCGGGAGUCGCCAGAGCCGGCCCUACCUGCUGGUGCAUGUGGACCAAGAGCUACUCAUCUACGAGGCCUUUGCCCACGACUCCCAGCUCGGCCAGGGAAACCUCAAAGUUCGCUUCCCCAUGGGCAUCGACGGCCCCAUCGACUCCUUCGCCCCGUUCCACAACGUCAACUGCCCCCGCGGCUUCCUGUACUUCAACAGACAGGGCGAGCUGAGGAUCAGCGUCCUGCCUGCCUACUUGUCUUACGAUGCUCCGUGGCCCGUCAGGAAGAUCCCGCUGCGCUGCACAGCCCACUAUGUGGCCUACCACGUGGAGUCCAAGGUCUACGCUGUGGCCACCAGCACCAACACUGCGUGCACCCGGAUUCCACGCAUGACGGGCGAGGAGAAGGAGUUUGAGACCAUCGAGAGAGAUGACCGCUACAUCCACCCCCAGCAGGAGGCCUUCUCCAUCCAGCUCAUCUCCCCAGUCAGCUGGGAAGCCAUCCCCAAUGCCAGGAUCGAGCUGGAGGAGUGGGAGCACGUGACCUGCAUGAAGACGGUGUCGCUGCGAAGCGAGGAGACCGUGUCCGGCCUCAAAGGCUAUGUGGCGGCAGGGACCUGCCUCAUGCAGGGGGAGGAGGUCACCUGCCGCGGGCGGAUCCUGAUCAUGGACGUGAUCGAGGUGGUGCCCGAGCCUGGCCAGCCCCUGACCAAGAACAAGUUCAAGGUCCUGUACGAAAAGGAGCAGAAGGGGCCCGUGACCGCCCUUUGCCACUGCAACGGCCACCUGGUGUCGGCCAUCGGCCAGAAGAUCUUCCUGUGGAGCCUGCGUGCCAGCGAGCUGACGGGCAUGGCCUUCAUCGACACCCAGCUGUACAUCCACCAGAUGAUCAGCAUCAAGAACUUCAUCUUGGCCGCCGACGUCAUGAAGAGCAUCUCACUGCUGCGCUACCAGGAGGACAGCAAGACGCUCAGCCUCGUCUCCCGGGACGCCAAGCCCCUGGAAGUGUACAGCGUGGACUUCAUGGUGGACAGCACCCAACUGGGCUUCCUGGUGUCGGACCGUGACCGCAACCUCAUGGUGUACAUGUACCUUCCGGAGGCCAAGGAGAGCUUUGGUGGCAUGCGCCUGCUGCGUCGGGCGGACUUCCACGUGGGUGCCCACGUGAACACCUUCUGGAGGACCCCGUGCCGAGGUGCUGCCGAGGGGCCCAGCAAGAAGUCGGUCGUGUGGGAGAACAAGCACAUAACGUGGUUCGCCACCCUCGACGGCGGCAUCGGGCUCCUGCUGCCCAUGCAGGAGAAGACCUACCGGCGGCUACUGAUGCUGCAGAAUGCGCUGACCACCAUGCUGCCCCACCACGCUGGCCUCAGCCCCAUCCUGGACGACCUGUUAGAGACGGACCGGGUGACUGCCCACUUCUAG